AUGGCUGCACAGGAACCCUCGCCACCAUCUUCAUUAGAAGGCAACAAACCUGGCUUCCCCAAGAAAAUACUCGCCAACAAGCUGGAGGACAAGCAUCUGUGCAAUAUCUGUCUGAAAAUCCUUAGGAGACCGUUUCAGGCGCAGUGCGGACACCGUUUCUGUUUUUAUUGUUUUAAUAAAGCAGCGAGCUCCGGACCACAGAAAUGCAGUGGCUGUAUAAAGGAGGACAUAUUUGAAGAACCAACAUCAAUUUUGAAACAGGGCUGUGCUUUUCCCGAUAAUGCUGCCAAAAGAGAAGUUGAAGCUCUUGAAGCUGUUUGCAUCAAUGAGGAAUGCAGCUGGACAGGCACCAUCAAAGAAUAUGAGGCAAACCAUGAGGGAAAGUGUGACUUCAGGAUCUUUCCCUGCCCAUCAUGCAAAGAACUUCUAAGAGCCAACGAGCUUGAACGUCACAAUGAGAGAGAAUGCCCAGAAAGGAUUCUUAAUUGUAAAUACUGCAAGGAGCCAUUUCAUUUUAAAAACAUUAAGGCCCAUGAUGAGAUAUGCCCAAAAUACCCCAUGAUUUGUGAAGGUUGUGCCAAGAAAAAAAUUCCCAGAGAGAAAUAUGUGGACCACAUUAAACUGUGCUCCAAAUUCCGAACACCUUGCAGAUUUCACGUUGUUGGCUGUGAUAUGACGGUGGAAAAGGAGAAGAUCCAUGACCAUGAACAAACCUGUUCCUACGAGCACUUAAACCUCUUAUUGCACUUCAUCAUGGCCAUCAAGGUGAAUUUGGAGAGUCUGCAGCCUCAGAGUCUGGAACUGGCUGGCCAUAAGAUCCACGAGCUGCAUCAGUCUCUGCGGGAGCUGGAGCUGAAGAUGGGCCAGCUGAGUGGAGCAGGGGCUCCCGUGCAGGGGGCCUGUGCGCCACUGCCACCACUGCCGGCUCCGACGCUGGGUACGUCUUUCACCCCACUCCCUACAGCUGUUGGGGCAGCUUUGGAGCUGCAGCUACACAGUGAGAAGACCAAAGUGGCGGAGCUCAGCCGCCACUGUCAGGAGCUGGAGCUGAAGGUAAGCACCUUUGAGAACAUUGUCUGCGUGCUCAAUCGUGAGAUGGAGCGCUCCGCCACCACCAUGGAGGCCUAUAACCGUCAGCACCGGCUUGACCAGGACAAGAUUGAGAUACUCAACAACAAGGUACGGCAGUUGGAGAGGACAGUAGGCCUUAGGGAUCUCUCCAUCGUGGAGAUGGAGGCAAAGAUGAGGGACAUGUCCGCUGCCACGUACGAUGGUGUAUUUGUAUGGAAGAUCUCCGACUUCUCGAAGAAGCGACAAGAUGCUGUAGCCGGACGGGCACCUGCUAUGUUCUCACCUGCAUUUUACACAAGCAAAUAUGGCUAUAAGAUGUGUUUGCGCAUCUAUCUGAAUGGGGACGGGACGGGACGUGGUACGCACUUGUCUCUGUUCUUCGUGGUGAUGAGGGGACACAGUGAUGCCUUGCUUAAGUGGCCUUUCAAUCAGAAGGUCACCCUCAUGUUGCUGGAUCAGAACAACAGGGAGCACAUCAUCGAUGCCUUCCGGCCAGAUAUUUCCUCUUCCUCCUUCCAGAGGCCUGUGAGUGACAUGAACAUUGCCAGCGGCUGCCCUCUCUUCUGCCCUCUCUCCAAACUAGACACCAAGAACUCCUACAUCCGAGAUGACACCAUCUUCAUCAAGGCCAUUGUUGACCUCACAGGCCUUUAAGGUGUCAGAUGUUGCUGCUUCACCAUGUUGCUCUCUCCGGCCUGCAGUGGUUCCCGUGCAGUACUUUUGUUUUCCUGAGGCCUGCUCCGUCGGUCUAAGCUCUUUGCUCUUUGCUCGCAUGAGCCCAAAAAGACUACCGUACCCAGUGUAAUACUGUACUGGGUGUGAAGCCACUCUGCUUUAUGAACCAAAAUUGUUCCCAGAGUUUGUGCAGUUCUACUGUAAUAUAGUUGUCCUUUGGGAACCUCUCACUCUUUCGUAGUGGGAUAGCUGUCAGCUGUGAUUGUAACGUAACUUACUUGCCUGUGCCAUAGAUGUGGCACCUUGCCUUUUAUAGAGAUUGAGAAGACUUUCUACACAAGACAGACGUCAUUUCAUUUCCAGGCGCUUGGCUUGUCUCGCACUCACUAUUUGGGUACUUUUUCCUUUCCUUAAUGUUUAAGCUACUCGUAAGUGAAUGUUUCGUUUGUAGACGGACAUGGAUUCAUUAACGAAUGAUAUCGAUGCAUUCAUUUUGCGACUGCGUAGUAAAGUAACUUGCUACAUACUCUGAGUAUACGCAUCGGCGGUCUUCUGACAUUCCCUUUGAGCAUCUUGUGCCUCGAAUGUUUCUCGUUUUCAUUGGCUCUCUGUAGUAGUGGACAUUGCUUGAAUUCAAAGUGCAGAAGUUGGGGUUUGAUAACCUGCUGGUGAGUUGAGGAGUUAGUUAGUGUGUGUUUGUGUGUGAAGGUGUUAUCUGUUUUUUGGCCUUCGUUUCCAUUUUUGGUGUUCUUUGAUGUGUUCAUUUGGAUCUUGCAUGUUGGAUCUGUGGAAGAUACAUUCAAGUUAGCAAUAGACCAGGUUUACACUCUGAGCCUGAGAAGCGAAGGCAGUUUAAUUGUAAAAUCGCUGUUGAAAAAAUCAACUAAAUCAUGCUGGUGUUAAAAUCAUCCAGUUUUGCUUUGGACCUCAAAUGCCUCAUCAGCCGACGUGGUUAUACGUGAAUAAAAGAUGCAGCCUUUAGCCUAAAGGUAGUGUAAGUAGGACAGAUAGUCUCGUGUGCUUUAUUGUGAUGUGGAAAGGCUGAUGUCUGUUAGCAUUUUGAUGUUUUCUUGUGUUUUUGGGUGUUCUGUUGAUAUUGUGCUCCAUUGGGCAAAUGUUAUGGAUGCCAUUAAAACUAUAAGACCAUGCCCAUCAGUAUAAACCAAGCAGGUGUUUGAGAACUCGUAGUCAGUGAUUCCUGUUGUCUUUUUCCUAGAAAGACUGUUGGGUUUGCAUUUUGUAAAUGUGCUAGAAAAUGAGAAAUGUCAUUUGUUAUGCCAUUUUGAAGUAGCCUCAGUCCUCAAUAGACAGUAAGUUCAAUUCAUUUUGUCCAUGAAAUGUUUUAUGGUUUUUUUUUUUUUUUGCAUCCAGAGAAGGCAUUACUAUUCAUAUACAAUGCAUAACUCCUACAUAAGGGCUUUUAGUAUACAGUACGUCUUCCUUGUGAGCUUUUUGGUCUAGUUAUUUUCUGAAAUGGAGUCUGCGAUGCUUUUUUAAGAUGCUUUCAUGCUAACAAAGUACCUGGGCCCAGCCUAUUUUCAAACCAGUUCCCACAGAUAUCAAAACCUCUCUGUGCAUGAGAAGUUUUGAUAGAGAAGAAAAAAAUCAUAUUGUAAAGUAUUGGUUUACUCUGUAGACCAACAGUUUAUUUGUAUUGCUUUACCUUUUUUAUCUGUUGAUUGCGAUGGAGUAUAUGAAAGUUCUGAAAAUGUGAAAUGUGCGUGUGAUAUAUAGUUGAUUUAAGUAUAAAUAGAUAACCUAUACAGUGUACACAGUUUUAUGACUGAUGUAGCUGUGGAUAUGACAAAUAUGAAUCAUAAAUAUAUAUUAUAGAUUUAUAUCGAUAAUACUUGUACUAUUUCCUGUUGGGAUGGUUUCAAAAUGUGUUCGGGCUCUUUUUGGGCUUUACUUUGGCAGCAUCCUUUGAGGGAAUG